GGAGACGCUGGCAUAUCCUGGCGAGUGGAGGAGUCUUCAGUGCGCGCGGGAUUCGAUGCUGGGGGAUUCAUCUUUCGAAAAUUCGGAAUAUUGAGAGGGGGGAUAGAGAUCUAAUUUUCGUUUGAGGAGGAGGCUAAAUUAAGGCGAAUUAUGUCCUCGUACGUCUUUCCGGAUGUCCCGACGCAUACGGGCAAUGGCAUCGACGUCAGCAAAACGCACAAGGCAUGUAAAAAUAUUGUGGAAAAUCUGCGGGAUAGCAAAAUGGACGACGCGCACAAGGUCUACGUCCGCUCCAUGGACCAGGCGACGACCACUCCCGUCAAGGGCGAGGUCGACGGCGAGAUCCCACUAUGGCUGGAAGGAAAUUUGUUCAGAAAUGGCCCCGGAGUCCUGAACAUCGGCGACACUUGGUACAAUCACCUGUUCGACGGCAUGGCGGUCCUGCACAAAUUCACCAUUAAGGGCGGAGAGGCCUUCUACAGGUCCCGCAUCCUGGAGAGCGACACCUACAAGAAGAACACGGCGGCCAACAGGAUCGUCAUCGAUGAGUUCGGGACGAGGGCGUAUCCCGACCCUUGCAAGACCAUCCUGCAGAGGUUCAUGAGCAAGUUCAGCGGACUUCAGCUCGACAGCCCAGACGUGUCCGACAACUGCUCCGUCAGCAUGUGUUACUUCAGCGACCAGCUCUUCGCCAUGACCGAGACCAGUCUGAUGCGGCGAGUUGAUCCCGAGACGCUGCACACCGUGGGUGGAAGGACCAACAUAACUAAUUAUGUGGCGGUCAACAUGGCGACUGCUCACCCCCACGUGGAUCCAGAUGGGACGGUCUACAACAUGGGCACUUCCUUCACCGGAAACAAGGGGCCUACAUACAACAUCAUCAAAUUCCCGCCCAAGAAGACGCUGCCGGAUGUGGUAGUCAAAUUCCACGUGAUCAGGCGCAGUGACGGCCAGCUGCUGGAGACCAAGUACGAGGCCGACACCUUCUUCUUCUUCCACUCCAUCAACGCCUACGAGGAGGACGGACAGAUAGUGAUCGAUCUCUGCUGCUUUGACGAUGGCGCGGUCGUGAACCAGAUCUGGCUGGAGAACAUCACGAACCCGACGGAGACUUUCAACAAGGCGAUCCAGGCGACUCCCCGGCGCUUCGUCCUGCCGCUCAACCCGCAGAAGUCGCCGGCCGGAACGAACCUGGUGACCCUCCCUGGCACCAAGUGCAGGUCCACACGGAACGCAAAGGGCGUGGUGCACUGCCACUCGCAAGACCUCUCUCAGGACCUGAUGGAGAUGCCGAGGAUCAACUACAGGUUCAAUGGAAAGAAAUAUCGCUAUGGUUACGGUUUCAUUCCGACCAAAGGACUCAACUGCGGCACGCUGUGCAAAGUGGACGCGGAGACGGGCGAGACGCGCAAGUGGAAGAUGCCGGGCUUCCAAGUGUCGGAGCCCGUGUUCGUGGAGCGGCCCGGAGCCACCGAGGAGGACGACGGAGCGCUCAUCGCCUCGCUCGUCAAUGAGAAGGAGCAGAAGGAGUGUUGCUUUUAUACUGGCUGGGUUCAUUACACCUUUAAGCCCGUUAGAACUUAUGAAUUUCGUUACAUGUACGAGAGGGACAGAAGGCCCAUUCCGGGUUCUCUAUUCACGGCCUCAAGACCCCCUUCAUAG